GCAGGAAGGCUGGGAGCCCUGUAGUUCUGGCUGGAGUAGGGUGCUGUGCCCUGCUGGCCUUGGCACUGUCUGCUCCAGGAGAGGGCUGGGACUCAGGACCUGCUGUCAUCCCAGCAGAGCAGGCCUUCUCCUGGGCAUAGGAUUUACUGGCAGCCCCAAAGCAGCCGUCUGACCUGGGCUGCAGUGUGGUUGCACAGUUCUGCUACGCGCUGCAGUCGUGCCAAGAGACAGACAAAAAUAAAGGCAGGCAAGAUAAGGGAAAAUACAGAAAAGCCUAAAGUUGCCGAGAUGGUAACAGCUGUAGAUGCUAAGUGAAGGGGCAGUGCUUUGUGCUCAGCCCUUGCACAGGUGCGGGCAGCUCGGAGCAGGGCGAAGGGGAGUCAGGCUGCUCAGCCGGCAGCGCUCGGCCCGAGUUGAGCGGGGUUAAUGUGAGGCAGCGUCCUGCGCUGUAGGAAAGCCGGGCUGAGAUGACACCGUCACUUCUGUGCUGGCGGGAGGAGGACCCUGCAGGGAACUGCGACCAAGGCGCAAACAACUCUUAAUUAAUAUGAAAUUUGGCACCGCCCAGCUCUCACCCCUACCAGCGGUGCCGGCAGGCAGCAAAGCGCUGCGCGCUCAGUGAAGGCUGCCUUCUAUUAAAGCACGAGGAGCUGCUCAGUCCCGCAGCACGCCGAGGACGGUCCCUGGCGGUGCCCCGCACGCAGUUCACCCGCCCACCCGGCAGCCCGGCAACCCAUCAUCCGCCAGCAAUUAACGCGCGGCGCCGCAGCGCGGCUGUAGCUUUAAAGAGGGUGCAAGAGAGCGGUUCCAGGUCCGGCCCCGCCGUACAGCCUUCGCUGCUCGACCCGCCAUGGGGAGCCGCGCGAUCCUCGUCUUCCUCGCCCUCCUCUCCCUCGCAUCUGCCCGCCGCAAGCUGCUGCUUUUCCUCCUCGACGGUUUCCGCUUCGACUACAUCGACGACGCGGAGCUGGAGUCCCUGCCGGGCUUUCGGGACAUCAUCGGCAUGGGGGUGAAGGUGGACUACAUGACGCCCGACUUCCCCAGCCUCUCCUACCCCAACUACUACACGCUGAUGACGGGUCGCCACUGUGAGGUUCAUCAGAUGAUUGGAAACUACAUGUGGGACCCAAAGAUGAAUGUAUCUUUUGAUAUUGGUGUGAAUAAAGAAAGCCUCCUACCUCUCUGGUGGAAUGGAUCAGAGCCUUUGUGGGUCACAAUGAUGAAAGAAAAGAAGAAUGUUUUCAUGUACUACUGGCCAGGUUGUGAGGUUGAAAUCCUUGGAGUCAGACCAAGUUAUUGCCGCGAAUACUUCAGUGUCCCAACGGACCAAAACUUUGCAGAUGCUAUCAGCGACGCUCUCGAGGCUCUCCACAAUGGCAGUGCUGAAAUGGCAGCUGUGUACUAUGAGCGUAUUGAUGUGGAAGGCCACCACUAUGGCCCUUGGUCCGAGCAGCGGAAGAGUGCUUUGAAGGAGGUGGACAAAGCCAUGAGCAACAUGAUCACACAGAUUAAGAACAAGGGCCUUCAGCAUGACGUCAAUGUCCUCCUCUUCUCUGAUCACGGGAUGACAGACAUCUCUUGGACAGACAAAGUGAUUGAGCUGAAAAACUACAUCAAUAUGAGUGAUACAAUACAGAUGAAGGACCGAGGUCCUGUUGUGAGCCUUUGGCCAGUUGCAGAGAAGCAUACAGAGAUAUACCAAAAACUGAAAGCUGUGGAACACAUGGAUGUUUACAACAUAGAGGAUAUUCCAGAGAGGUUUUUCUAUAAAAAAGGAAAAUUUGUGUCUCCUCUAACUCUUGUGGCUGAAGAGGGAUGGUUCAUAGUAGAGCCUCCCCGCUCACCAGAUUCUGUCCUAAAAGUGCCUCAUUUCUCCCAAGCCCCCUGGCCACAAGAAGGAGCAGGGACAAGCUGCCCUUCUGGGAGAAUGGCACAGGGAAGAGGGAGGCCUGGCAGAAUGGCUGGCAUGGCUAUGACAAUGAGCUGAUGGAGAUGAGGGGCAUUUUCCUCGCAUAUGGACCAGAUUUCAGAUCCAACUACCGUGCGCCUCCCAUCAGAUCCGUGGAUGUUUACAACGUCAUGUGCAGCCUGGCAGGAGUGCAGCCACAGCCAAACAAUGGCUCCUGGUCCAGGGUGGAGUGCAUGCUGAAGAACACGGCUGUCCGCGUGCCACUCUGCACACGGAGCGGCUGUGUGCUGGCACUGACUCUGCUCUUGCUCUUCUGGUUGCUGUGAUUCCCAAACAAUGUCUGUCAGUGUUGCCAGCAACUUGAUUCUUUUUUUUUUUUUUUUUUUUUGUUUCCUUCUUCUUCCCCUUCCCCCCCACCCCACUUGAAAUCUUUCGUUUGAAUAAUAGCUUCCUUACUAGCGUGCUGUCCUCAUCCAUCUGCUGUGCUGCACCAGGCCGUGAAUCUGACCCAACCGGCUUCUACAGCAGUUACAAUGCAGAGCCAAGUUGUGUGCUGCUCUAAACACAGCCAGAAAAGCCAGUGUUGCUGCUCUGAAUGUACAGCACUGGUGACAGGAGGAGGAUUCAGGCCAUCUACCAGCAACAUUUUGUGGUGGGUGCAUAUGGAGACCCUUGGACAUCAGACACAUCUGACCCAGCAAGUUUAACAGAGAGGCUGAGCCUGGCUGCUGGUAGUGGGAAGCUCAGAUGUAGAGACAGAUCUCAGUGCAUUUACCUGCACUCUUUCUGGUUUGUCCUUUACCCCAGCAGACCUCCACCUUCUCCUUGCAAUGCCAGCCAGGCCCAGUCUAAACAGAUGCUGAGUGAUCUGAGUGCCAACAAAGGUGUAUCAGGAGGAAAGCAGGGAGAGCAUCCUACCUCUCUUAGCCUUUCUCCCUUCACUCUUCCUUAAGGUGAGCCCUGGCACUGCAUGCCCAUGGGACAGCGACUGCAUCAGGGAGUGAGGCUGGAGCAGGGGAUGGAGAGCAAUGGAAAUCCUCUGUAUCAGAAAGAGGAAGAACUUGUAAUAGCUCCUGGACACAUUGCACUCAAGACAAAGUACAGUGAGGACGCCUGCCAUUUAGCAGCCUCCCUGUUUCCCUUGGUGAAGAUGAUCUCCACCUGCUUAGUUGUUUUGUUUUUCUUUUUUUCUUUAACCCAAUUGUUCCUGAAGUUUUUCAACUCCUGCUUUUUGACCAGCUCCUGCUCUCUGCCAUUAAAAUGCUGUGCUGGGCUUCACACAUUUUUCUUUAGAUGUAGUGUUCUGCAGCAGGGAGAGAGGUUUACACAUAUGCGCCUCUUUCCAUCUCUCCCUCCUUUUAAUCCUAGCUGCUAUUCCUACCUUGGAUUACCAAGCCCAAAGAAAGUUGUAACAGUCAAGUUACAUGCAACCAGGAGAGCAUGGAGCUGCUCUCAGAGGCAGUGGCACCUGAAAUGCAAGUCAAACUGGUGACGUAAUCCUGAAAUCAUCAUCACAGCAGGUGCAGUAAAUCCCUAGAAAAAACAGUUUGCUCCUACUCUUUCACUCCAGUGCAGCCUUGGAUCUACCCUGGGGCAGUGCUCAGCACAUGGCUGGCAGCAAAACCAGCAGCACAGCUCAGUGAGCUCAGGAGAUUAAAGCCACCGAAUUGUUAAACUGUCCGCUUGUCACAGCCCUGGGUGUUAAACACGGGCUGUAUGCACACCACGAUGGGUCAGUAAAGAGGUGGUGUUUUGGCAUCAUUAAGUUUCUGCUGUGAAAUUAGCAGCUCCAGAGCAGAGCCUGCAAAGUGUCCUUUCCUCCUUGGGAGGCCAUGGUCUUCUGCAAUGCCCUCAGAGGGGCUCGACACUUCUCUCAAAUACCUCUGAACCAAAAGCUUCCAAUGAAAAACUGCCUCUGGAAGGAUUUAGAUCCCUCCCCGUGCAAAAUAAACCUUUAAGGCCUGUUAUUCACAUGGAUCCAGAGUCAAGUAACAUUCUGGUACAGUGAGUUUGAGGGUGAAUGAUUACACUAUGGGAAAAAAAAAAGAUUAAAAAAAAAAAAGCACAACAAAUUAAACUUGACAAAAGACUUCUGUAAUAGCUAUAAAGAUUUAUGUAAUGUGUUUUUUAAAGCUCAAGUGAACCAUCAAAUCAAUUGGGGGAAAAAAAGGGAGAAAAUCAGUCUUUGUUAUUAGACUGUUGAGUAUAAAAGGCAAUUUAGUGCUUUCUAAGCAUUUGCAGUAGCUGUAAAACAAGCAUCCAGUGUUCGGAGUUCCCUGUUGCUCUUUAAUGAACCAGGCUCCAUGAAUUCACUGGAGCACAUUUUUAAAGCGAGAAAAUCAUCAGCAAAAGCAAGAUAACCACACAGCAAAACAGGGAAGUUUGGCUGUAAAACCAACAGGAUGCAGGCAGCUCAUGUGGGCCCCUUCAGUCUGCAGCUCUAACUCUUGUUAUAAGAAUAAUCCAGUAUCCUCCUACAGAAGAAAACCCAAACCCAUCCCGAAAGCACACAGCUGUAUUCUGCUAUGCCUCAAGAUAUACUUGAUCUGUAACAGAGAUUGGACAGCAGACCUGCAAGGAGCUCUUUAGCUUCAUGAGUACGGCAGUGGGUUGUGCUGGAGAGGCGUCUGCCUUCCUUUGAAGUUCUGUGCCUCUGAAUUACUUCUCAUUCCGUGUCUUUUCUUCUGUGCACUACGCAGCUGAGGUGGGUGUGUUUCUGAAUGGGGGUUUUGUGCGACUGAUUGUGAAUGAGUGAACAAUUCUAAGAAUGCUGUCAUAAAAAUACGCGUCUUUUUGUAAAUACUGUAAGGUUGUUGAGAAUAAGAAGCAGCCUUAACACCCUG